UGCCUCCUCCCUCACAGGAGGGAGCUCCUAGCAGGACCUGGCUGGCUGUGGAACCCUGAGGGCUAAUUGGGAAAAGGGGGCCAGCUGAGGAGAAGCUGGCUCAGGUCCCACAGCUGGUCCAAUUAGCUCAGCUGCUAGGAGGAGAGGUGGGGGAGGAUUCCUCUCUCAAGAAAGAAGAUGCCAAGUUCCUGAACCAUAACCACUGCUCCUAGAGGGGAGCUGGGCUGGGCUGGGGUUCCUGUCUGAAGGAGAAAGACCGAGACUGUCUGAAGUGCAUCCAACCGCUACCAAAGAGGCUGGGAUGAGCCACAAGGAGCUGGUUGGGAAGAAGCUGCUUGAGGAGCCACAGCUCCCAGGUGGGAUGAGUGGAGUUUGCAGCCGAGUGGGGCAUGCUGACAAACAGGGUAAAGAUAGUCGCAGCCCAGGGAAGCAGGGAGGGUUUGGAGAGGGCAGUCCUUAGCUGCCUAACCUGGGCUGGAAGGCAGGGGAGAGGGGCUGGUUUCCUUCUACUCCUCAGCAGGCAGAGUAACUCCUCAGGCUUGUAUUUAAGAGGCAAAGAAAGCUGGGUCCCAGCUAGGGGCCUGCCAUAAAGACCAUUGGGUGUUGGGUUUUCUGCUUGGACUUUUCCUGUUAACGCUGGAAGGGGACUGAAGUGAAAGGUGACCAGGCCACACAGGCUGCUACACAUCCUGGAUGAUGAUAAACCAGAAUCUUUGCACUGCUGCAUCCUGGCAUGGAAGAAAGGUGCUUUGACUCUGGAAAGCCAAACUCCUCAAGCGACCUGCCUCUGGAAUCCUUAAAGAAGGUGUUGACGGAAGACAGUGCAGCUGGGAAGGUGAAAAGAAAGAGAGCGCAGACUCCCCUGGAAAAAUAUUACCUGAAGUACCUUUGCGUCACUGAUCUGUCCACUCAGAGUUGGUGCGAACAACAAAUGGUUUAUGGGCGGGAGCUCCCCCAGCUGCAGGCACCAGAGACCGUAGUGUUAUUGAACACAGGGAAGAGCAUACAUCUAGCCAGAGAACUAGAAGUCCAUGAUGUAGUGAAAAUACGUACGACCAGCAGGGAAGAUUCUUGGGCAAUAAAAAUACUGAAUCUUCUUUCUGUGAUUCCAGUUCUACAAGCAGGUGGCUGCGUGCGGGAGCUUCCAGUGUUUGGAGUAAUAGAAGGUGUCUUCCUGAUGGGAAUUAUUGAUGAGCUGUGCUAUAGUGCCAAGGGAGAGCUCGAGCUGAGAGAGCUAAAAACUCGAGGCCGACCUUUUAUGCCUUCUGGAGCACAGAAAAAGAAAGAUUAUUUCCAGGUCUGUUUGUAUAAAUACAUUUUUGAUGCCAUGGUGCAAGGAAAACUGAAACCAGAUGUUAUCACCAGUCACAUCCAGCUGAGGCCAGAGCAGCCACUGGGAUCGCAAAUUAGGGAUCAUGCUCAGAAAGUAGGAUUCACGGUAACCUGCUUUGGGGACCUCCUGGAACUGAUGUAUCUAAACCUGACGCUCUCCGACAUCCCCGGUAUUGACUGUUUGAAAAUCGAAUACAGCCACCAGGAAAGUAACACCCUGCUCGGGACGGAGGCGGUUCGGUUUGAAGAAGAAAAGGUGCGAGAGAGAGCACAGUACUACCUUGCUUACUGGAAAGGACAAAGGGAGGUCCAGGGGGUGGAAAUUGAGGAAGCGUGGAAGUGCCAAUCCUGUAGCUACUCGGAGAUCUGUGACUGGAGAAAGAAGAGGGCAGAAGGGCCUGAACAGAGAAGCGGACCAAAGAAGAGUAAAUGAAGGCAAUCCUGUCCUUCCGGAAGGAGGUUCCUCCUUACUGAUGUGAAAAUGUGCGUGCACUCAAUUCAUGGGGUUAACCGGACCAUAGAAUGGAGCAAACCACAAAAGAGGGCCAAGCCCAUCACUUUACUAAGCAGAAGUCAUUGCACCAAUGGUGAAUCUGGCAGCAUGUUUGUAAUGUGACAUUUUAAGUGCUCUUAAGAAAAUACUGGUUUGGAUAGUACAUAUUGUUACAGGGGUGCAGUUCAAGCACGAGGCAAGCUGUGCGAGUUGCCACACUUCUCUGAGCCUCCAUUUCCCCAUCUAUAAAAUGGGGGUAAAUGCCUACUGCAUAUGGAUUCUCUGAGGGUUAUGUAAUUUUAUCUUGGUGAAGUGGUUUGAACAAUAGUUUCUUUUAUUUCCUACUGCUAUAAACUCUUAUGUAGAGAAGGUUCCAAACCAUAACCCCAGAUCCUACCACACCCAAACUUGGUGCUUCAUCUUUAGUUCCUUUGGAGUAACUUUACCCUUCAUCUGUCUUCUCCAUCUGCUCUCCCAAAGAUCCUAUAUCAGCCAUUCUCUCUAUAAGAUUGAAGCUGAACUCAGCUCUCUCCCAAAACCCAUUAGUGCUACACCAGGGCAUAGUGACAUGAAGGCUGGAAUUUUUCAAAGGUUGCCUGAAUUUGGCACCUAACUCCCUUAGGUUCCUUUGCAAAUCUCAGCUGAAGGCCCAGCCCUGCACGGUGCCCGUACGAUGCCAAGUACCCUCAUUCCCAUUGGUAUCAGUGGGAGUUGUGGUCAUUCAUUGCCUUGCUGGGUCAGCCUGUUAAAAGCGGAUCUGAUUCCGUUCUUUAUGUAAGUCUUUAACCUUUCUAUGUGUUGUCAAAAUUACAUGUUCUAGUAAGUAAGUAAUUUAGAAUCAUCUGACUAUUUAACAUAUUACUUGAUUAUCUGUAUGAAGGAAAAUGUAUUGUUUUUAAAAUGUUUAAUGUAUAACAACAAAGUUCUUAAUUGUGGGGGAAGAGGGGUUGUUUGGUAUGUUUUGGGGGUUUUUUACUAUUGAAAUCAAAUAAAUAGAAACUUUCACUAUUUCCAUACCAGGAAAUUAUCCUGUCAAUUGAAAUUUUUUGAGGUGAGGGGCAGGGGAAAUGAACCCAUUUCUCCUAUGUUGGACUAAAAACAACCAGUUUUGAUUUUGUGUGUGCAAGGGGGAGUGAAUUAGGAAGGAAAGCUAUAACUACGGCAAAACUUGUGAA